ACGACCAUACGCCAUACUUACCCUGCAGGCGCACGUUUCCCAGCGUACGAUGGGAAUCUUGUCAUGGUUCAACCCGUUCGCAUACGGUAAAAAACCACCAACGGACUACGAUAGCCUCCUCUCCCAGUUGGCAACAGAGAUCACCACAGCUAAACAGCUCCUCGCCGAGAUCCAUCUCCGACAACGCCGGCUCUCGCUGCUACUGAACCUUUAUGGGGUCGGGCUAUGGGGAAUCUGGGUUGGUCUGUGCUGGUUAGGCGGGAUACCUUGGGGGCUACUAGGGUUGGGUCCUGCAACGGAUGGGUCCACAGUCGAUAGCGAAGGGUGGAGGAAAGGUUUGGAAUGGGGAGGUGUGGUCGGAUGGCCGAUCAUCCUGUACCUACUCAACCGUCUAUUAUCGACCUACUACACCCGCCGCCGCACGCACGAACAACAACACCUGCUCAAGCUUCUAAAGCGGCAACACGAGCUGCUGGAAGAAGUCAAGCGGAAGAGCGGUUGGUAUAAGACGAAAGAUUUGUUGGAUCGGUACGAGGAGGGCGGGUCGGUCCGGGCGUCUGCGAGACCUACGCCGGGCCAAGUGCAAGGUCAAGCUCGGGGUCAACAACCCAACACUCCCACUCCAGCGUCUCGGUUGUCCGCCAACCAGAAUCCCAAUUCGGCUCGAAUGCAGAUCCGAUCACCUGCCAAUCCCAAUCUCAACAUCAAUCCCAACGCCAACGCUAAUAUCGGCGCUCGUCCGGGCCAACCAGGAACUCCGAUGACCCCCAACAUGGCCACCAUGUCCCCGCAACAACUCCGUAUCCUCGAUCAGGCGCGGGAACAGGUGCGGGAUGGGCCGGGGGUUCUGCCCGUCCCGCAAAAGCGGUGGUACGAUCACUUGGCGGACAAGCUGAUGGGCGAAGACCCAUCCACCUCGUUACAAAACAAAUACGCUCUGGUAUGCGGAAGGUGUUUCCGGCAUAACGGGUUGGUUGGGGAUAAGAUAGAGUGGGAGAACACUAAGUGGUAUUGUCGUCAUUGCAACUUCUUCAACGCUGCGCCGAAGGACCGACACGGGCCCGCUACAGGCAGCGUGGAGUUAGAUCAGCACGCCGCACCGGCGGCACCCGAAUCUUCGGUGGACGUGAUGACGCCUAGGAAGACCGGGCCAGAAGCUGGUUCGAUAAGGCAGCGGACGAAGGGAAAGGGAGAUAGUGAAGACAAGAUGGACGUUGACGAGGAAGAGAGUUCUUGAAGGCAGAUAGUGUCAGGGAGCAUCUGUCUUGUGGUUCAGGGCGAUUCCUUUGCAUUCUCACAUCAUCAUCAAUGCCUUUAAACGUUCGAGAGCAUACCGUGUAC